CACUCGUCCAACCAACCAACCAACCAACCAACCAACAUGAAGGUGUUCCUCGUUGCCGCCGUGCUGGCCGUGGCCGCCGCCGAUUCUCCGGCUCCGUACCACCCGACUCCGGCUCCGUACCACCCGGCUCCGGCCUACAAGCCGGCUCCCUACCACCCGCAGACCCAGUACAAGGAGGAGGCCAGGCCGUUCGCCUUCGAAUACGCCGUCAACGACCACUACACCGGCACCAACUUCGCCCGCAACGAGCAGAGCGACGGUCACAACGUGCAGGGCUACUACUCGGUGGUUCUGCCCGACGGCCGUACCCAGCACGUCAAGUACACGGCUGACCACUACGGUGGAUACAACGCCGAGGUCACCUACGACGGACAUGCCGCCUACCCCGAGCAGCACGCUGCCCCUGCCUACAAGGCAGCUCCUCACCACUCUACGCCUGCCCAUAACACUGCCCACCACUAA